AUGCCGUUCCUUCCAAGUCUGGCUCUCGAGGUUGGCGAAUUCAAUAGUUGCGGGCGCCUCCUCGCGGUGCAUCAAGCUUUCCUAGCCGAGCAGCGGGGCUGGCCCCCGGGACGGCCAUGCAGCACGUUCUCCAGGCCCGGCAGCAAGCUCAACUGUGAGGCGGGGGCCGGGGACUUGAGAAUGCUGCCGUCGGGGGCCGACAGCAGUGCCGAGCUGGAGACUGAGAAGCCGGCCCACCGGCGCUACCUGCGAGAUUUCCGGGUAGAGCAGUGCCCCUACUUCCCGAACUACAAGUGCCAGAACCACAAGCCAUACACCUGUUUCUACUGGCAUUUCCCAAACCAGCGUCGCCGGCGUCCGACGCUUACUCUCGACGGUGCGUUCAAUUACAGCCCAGACGUGUACUGCGCCACGUACGACGAAAUUACGGGAGUGUGUCCGAACGGGGACGACUGCAGCUUCCUGCACCGAACGCUGGGGGACACGGAGCGACGUUACCAUCCCCGCUACUACAAGACGGUCAUCUGCGUCCACGAGGCUGGCACGCAGGGUCACUGCUCGAAGAACGGUCCCCACUGCGCGUUUGCACAUGGACUUCAGGACCUGCGCAACCCCGUGUACGGUAGCGUCGAGUGCCGCAUUUUGCGCCUGGGUCUGUGGUUGCCGCCUGAGUGUUGGGCCACCUUUCUACACGAGGACCCCAGCUGGCAGGACGUGGGGUAUGUCUUGACCCACUACAAGGUGCAACCCUGCCUGCGUCCUCCGCAUCUCGGUCUCUGCCGCAUGGGUCUGGCCUGCCCCAACUACCACGAUUGUCGCGACCGGAGGCGCAGCCCACCCAGCCAUCACUACAGCUCGACGCCGUGUCCCAGCGUGCGCCAGGGAACCGAAUGGAGUGACGCGGACAGCUGCGCCGAGGGCGACCUGUGCAGCUUUUGCCACGGCCGCACAGAGCAAAAAUUUCACCCAGAAAUCUACAAGUCCACGAUGUGUAACGACUUCCAGCGCACCAACUACUGCCCCCGGGGACCCUUCUGCUCGUUCGCCCACUCUGAACACGAGACGGCCCAAGUAAGGAAAGUGUACGGUGCCAUAUUAUCCUCGCUUACCAGUGACAACCCAAAUUCUGGAACGCCGUUCGACGAAACCCCGCCCGCCUUGGCAGCAGAGGACCUCGAAAGUGUCCAACUCCCGCCAUUCGGCUUUGACCCCGCCCCGGGUUCGGGACGACCAGCCCUCGAGGGUCCCACGCCGUCGCGGCCUGAAGGUCCCCCGGCCGUCACGGAAACGAUUCCUCAAAGCGAAGAUGACAAGACACUGGUGGAAGUGGUGAGCUCGGUCAUUACUAGCGUGAUCAGUUCAGCCGAUCUCCUCUGGGACCCGAAUGUGGAGGCCAGUCAAGCUUGCGCCGACUACUGUUAUCCCUGGUUAACGCGCAGUUUCGGAUCGCUGACCAAGGACUGCCGCAGUGUCUGGGAUCCAUCGGGAAUCUGGGCGGACCAGAGUCUCUAUGCGCCCAAGUCGUGCCUCAUGUGUACCGCCUGGAAGCGCGAGGCGAGGGCCUCGGCACGCCGAGAGCAGCUCGCCGAACAAGAGAAGCAGAGGGCCCUGGCAAAACUCGGCGAACUCGAGAAGCGUCUGAGCGACGCCGUGCGACCCAGGAGCAAGGCUAGGCGGGAACUCUGGGAGGCUUCCCAAGCAAAACUUGUUGAAAACACUUGUCAAAGUUGUGAGAAGGCUCCAUGUUGGACCAGGGAAGACGCUUGA